UAUAGCUGUCAGCAUGGACGCGUACACAAGCGACGGCGUCGCCGCCGGCGCUGAAGAAAGUAAAAAAUCUACAAAAAAUGGUACAAAUUCAGAGGCAGAAGAGUUUUGUCCAGGUUUUAAAGACGUGGAUGCUUUUGUUAAGUAUGGACUGGGCUCCGUCAUGGCCGCGACAAAAGCGUCUGCAAGUUUGCCGCAAGCAGGAGACGAGCACGACUUUUAUCGGAGCUUUCCAGCCUUCCAGGAUUUCUGUUCAGUGCAAGGAGACCGACUUUUACACUGUAUGAGUCAGCUGAUGCAGCACCAUGGCUGCAGAUCUCGCUUGCGAGACCAGAGCAAACUGACUGGCCUGGAGGAGCGUUUUGACAUGGUGGUUGAUUCCAAUGAUGUCAUCCUGGAGAAAGUGGGGAUUUUGUUGGACGAGGCUUCUGGGGUGACCCGGUCAGAACCUGUGAUGCCUGCAGGCUAUCAGCCGCCCAAAAUUAUUGUGUCCAGUUGGAAUCGCAAGGGAGGUGAUCGCAGUACCGGGACCUUCCACCUCCUUCACGCGAAGAACAUUCAGCGGCCACAGCUGAAGUUCAAGGAGAAAGUUGACAACAGCAACACGCCGUUCAUCUCUAAAAUCUUCGUCAAGCCCAACGCGUUAAAGCCACUGGCUCCAUAUUUUAGCAACAAACACCUGCGGAAGGAGAGACCUGAGGAUUUGGAUGUACCCAUAGCGCUAGCUGACUUCAUCCACCAGAUGAGAACCCAGGAGCACAUGGAAGACAUGUUUUCUCAUCCUUACCAGUUUGAGCUGGACCACACUGUCAUGCUGGAGAGUCUCAAGAGUAAACCUCAACCACAGAUGUAUAAAGAUCUAGCCGAGACAACUUGCCAAUUCAUCAGCAGCCUGGACGAUCUGGUUGCUUUAAACGAGAAGCUGAACGCGGUGACGGAGUUCGCCGUUGACCUGGAGCACCAUUCCUACAGAAGUUUUUUAGGAAUCACGUGCUUGAUGCAGAUCUCCACCAGAGAUGAGGAUUUUAUCAUCGACACCCUCGAGCUCCGAAGCGAGAUGUACAUUCUGAACGAGAGCUUCACUAAUCCCAACAUUGUGAAGGUUUUCCAUGGUGCUGACUCGGAUAUUGAGUGGCUGCAGAAAGACUUUGGCCUCUAUGUGGUCAACAUGUUCGACACUCACCAAGCUUCUCGCUUGCUGAACCUCGGCAGAAACUCGUUAGAUAACCUGCUGAAAGUUUUCUGCGGUGUGGACUCGAAUAAACACUACCAGCUCGCUGACUGGAGAAUACGACCCUUACCAGAGGAGAUGAUCAAAUAUGCCCAGGCUGACACACACUACCUGCUCUAUGUGUAUGAUCGAUUAAGAGCAGACCUGUUCGAUGCCGCUAACGGACAGCCAGUGCUCAUCCAGCUAGUCUGGUCCAGAAGCAAAGAUCUCUGCUUAAAGAAAUACAUGAAGCCCAUCUUCACUGAGGAGUCGUAUAUGGAGCUGUACAAAAGACAGAAGAAGAGCUUCAACAGCCAGCAGUUAACUGCCUUUCGUCUCAUGUAUGCUUGGAGGGAUAAAUUGGCAAGAGAGGAAGAUGAGAGCAUUGGGUACAUCCUGCCCAACCACAUGUUGACGAAAAUUGCUGAAGAGUUGCCCAAGGAGCCGCAGGGCAUCAUCGCUUGCUGUAACCCCGUCCCACCACUAGUGCGCCAGCAGGUCAAUGAACUCCAUCAAUUCAUCAGGCAAGCGAGGGAAAUCCCACUGCUAAAGGCGGAGCUACUCGCAGAAAAGAAGAAAUUGCUGAUGCCAAGACGAAAGUCGGAGUUGACGCUGUUUGGGCCCCAUGACACCUCGCGUGUGUCCGAGUGUGACCUUGUGAAUCUCUCAUCCCAAGAAACCCCGACCAAACGUGGAGACCUUUUCUCAGAGGAAGAUGAUGCAAAUCUUAACGAUGACCUGAAGUCUCUGAAUGGCCUCGUAACUUGUCCAAAAAUCUCCCUGUUUGCAGAGGAAGAGGAGGCCAGUAAAUUCGCUCACAUCACGGUGGCCCAGCAGAAAGCACGCAGCAUCAUGGAGUCUUUUGAAAACCCUUUCAGAAUGUAUUUACCUUCAAAGGAUAUACACAUCAACAAAAAUGCAAAAUACGACCCUUCGUCCAAGAUUUAUGAGAUCAGUAAUCGGUGGAAGCUGCAAAGUAUUGAACAGCAGCAGAAGGAGGCUCGGGCUAAACAGCAAGCUAAAGAGCAGGCAAAGAAAGCUAAAGAGGAGCGUAAAAAAGCCAAACAGAGCUAUCAGGAGUCCCUGCAGGAUGUUACUACGGUCAGGCAGCAGGUUCUGGAAGCAAAGCAAGCAGGACAGAAGAGAGAGAGGGUUCCAAGUGAAGAAGGUGAAGAAACUCGCAAACUGAAGAAGAAAGCGUCAAAAACUGACAAGUCCACCACUGCGACUUCUAAAGCAAGCCAGCAACAAGAGUCUGAAGAUCCCGAACAGGCCCCGUCUGCGAGCUUCACACCUUACGACUACAGCCAGUCCAAUUUCAAAUUGUUUGCAGGGAAACCCAAAGACUCCACACAGUUUGAUCCAAACAGACAGGCGAAUGAACCGAGACGGAAGAAAAACCCUAAAGGAAAUAAGCAAAGGACUGCUCAAGGCCGGAGCAUGUCCUACCUGCCUGCAAAAUCUGACAGAGGAUUUCGUCAUAACUGGCCCAAGAGAUAAGAAUCUCUACAGGACAAUAUGCCUCCUUUUCUCUUUUUUUUUUUUUUAAAUGUGGGUCAUUUUAUCUAUAUUUAUAUAUACAGUAUAUAGUACAUGUGGAGAAGUGAUGCACAAUGCUGUUAACAAACUGUGGCAGAACUUUCAUUAAAAUGAUCCUUCUAAUUCUU